AUGAACUCUUCUCCUGUGUUCGUGAUUGUUCCAGGGGCAUCUCAAACGCCUUCCCACUACGCACAUAUCAUCCACCUUCUCCAAGCUCGCGGCCACGGAACAUUGACCGCCCUCCUUCCUAGCGGUGGGGCAACGCGUUUAGUCAGUGCUGCAGAAGAUGCCGAAUUUGUACGAUCACGCAUGAUUCUUCCUAUUUUGGAUAUCGAAAAAUACGAUGUCAUUUUGAUCAUGCACUCUUAUGGAGGUUUACCAGGAAGUGCCGCUGCUCGAGGCCUGGGUAGUGCAGAUCGAGCGACAUCGGGACGAAAGACCGCUGUCCUUGGCCAAAUCUUCAUCGCUUCAAUACUUCCACAUGGCGGCAAUGGGGAGGAUGUGAUAGCACUUCUGGGAGGUAAAUGGCCAUCAUUCAUUGAUGUUCAUGAAAGCGAACAACGCAUCAAGUGUGACCAACCGAAGAUACCACUAUACGACGAUGUUCCUCCACUCAUUUCGAAGGGUACGGAGCUGUCAUCAAUCAGUCAAAGCAUUCAAUGCUUCACGAGUCCAUGCCCGCUUACAAGUUGGCAUGAAGAGGCAUUUUUCGGCAGGUGCGCAUACAUACGCACACGAAAUGAUCAGGCAGUGCCGUACGAAGUGCAGAACGCAAUGUUGGAUAGCACAGUCACAAUGCAGAACUGGGUCAUUCGAGAUAUUGCUGCUGGAAAUAGUCCCCAGCUUGCCUUACCAGAGAAAUUAGUUGAAAUUAUCCUAGCCAUUUCCCAACAGUUCGAAGUGUUGCCAUUGCCGACGACAAGUCGUGAGGGGUUGGAUUUAUCGUUUUCUGUUGGAAAGUACCAAUUGAGCAGUCUAGUACGUGCUCAAACUAGAUGGCUCACUUCCAGAGUCAAGGGCCUGGUUCACCAUCGUAGCGGUCGUAAAUUACAAUAG